CAUCAACUACUACAACCUUAGCUAGCUACUAGUACUACUACAGGUCUACAACCACCUUUCAUUUACGUUAUCAUCACUCACACCAAUUGAGAAAGACUUACAUUGACUGAAGUAUUAGUGAAGAAGAAUCAACGUACGAGUGAGAUAAGAUGGCAGAGAAGAUGGAAAAAGGCGGAGCUAUGGUGGUGGAAAAUGAACAUGAUGAUCAGAGUGGUAAAAUUAGCAGCAUGCGUACGGCUGAGACACUCUUACGCUUGCUACCAAUGGGUCUGUGUGUAGCUGCUCUUACUGUCAUGCUCAAGAACUCUCAGACUAAUAACGACUUUGGCUCAAUUUCGUAUUCCAAUCUUGGAGCUUUCAAAUACCUUGUUCAUGCGAAUGGCAUAUGUGCUGGUUACUCCCUCCUUUCUGCGGUGGUUACAGCCGUUCCUCGUCCUUCCACCAUGUCUCGAGCUUGGACCUUCUUCUUUCUUGACCAGCUGUUGACAUAUGUAAUAUUAGGGGCUGGAGCAGUAUCGACAGAAGUAGUGUACUUAGCAUACAAAGGAGACGAGGCCAUCACCUGGAGUGCAGCAUGUGGCUCCUUUGGAGGAUUUUGCCACAAGGCUACAGCAUCAGUUUCCAUUACUUUUGUUGUGAUGUUAUGUUAUGCUGCACUUUCUCUCAUCUCAUCUUACAGGUUGUUUAGCCGGUUCGAUCCGCCUAGUAGCCACUCCAGCAGCAAAGGCACCGAGAUGACCGCCCGCCUUCCAUGAUCAACAACAGUACCCAUUCCAGCAACAAGAAGACUCAGGUGGCAUGGCUUUGAAGAUAUGUAUGAUAUUGAAGUUGACAGACCCGGAUAUAUAUAUCGUUGUGUAUUUGUGUUAACUACUACUCUGUAAAACUCUUAACUGUGUGUACUUGGAAUGUAAGUAAUGUACUCUCUCAAAAUCUCAGAUAAAGUUGAGGUUUGCGGAACAAGAAUGCUAAAAGUCUAAGAGUAUGUACGAGUACAACCAAGCAAUGUACUCUCUCAUCACUCUCUUUCUUUCA